AUGGCGGGAGCCCCGCCCCCUGCGCCCGCCCCUCACGACGGCGCCGCCGCCGCCGCCCGUCCCUCAGUGCGCCUGCGCGGGGCGCGCUCCCGCCCCUCCUCAGUGCGCCUGCGCGGGGCGCGCUCCCGCCCCUCCUCAGUGCGCCUGCGCGGGGCGCGCUCCCGCCCCUCCUCAGUGCGCGUGCGUGGGGCGCGCCCCCGCUUCUCCUCAGUGCGCGUGCGUGGGGCGCGCUCCGGUCUCUCCUCAGUGCGCGUGCGUGGGGCGCGCUCCCGCGGAAUGUCCUCGUGGGAAUCAGGGAAUGUCCCCGUGGGGAAGAAACCCACGGGACCAUGGAAUGUCCCUGGGAUGUCCCCAGGAAUGUCCCCUUGGGAAGGGGCACUCCAGGCUCAUCCAGCCCCCGCACAGGACACGGCGCGCUCCCGCGGGGUGUCACGGGGCGUCCCGCGUGGGGACACCUCGGGGAUGCGGUUACCGGUGACAGCCCUCGCUCCGCCCCACGCCGUUGGCGCUCGGACACGCCGAGCCAACCGCCGCGCUGCUGGCCAGCGGGCUGGUGGCACCUGGGGCUGGCACUGCGGGGGCGACAAACCUGCCGCCGGUGACAGCGCCUCGGGGGUGGCACAUUGGUGGCACCCCCUCGGUGACAAACUGGCCGCCGGUGACAGCGCCUCGGGGGUGGCACACUGGUGGCGCCCCCUGCGCUCCGUGGCCAUGCUGCGCUGCCACGUGGUCGCCGUCCACAUUCCCGGGGCCACCGGCUUCGGUCCCGGUGUCCUGCUGUCCGUCUGCUUCCGAGGUGUCCCCAGGAGAACCCAGGUGGUGCCUGAGGAGCGCAGCCUCACCUGGAAUGAGGAGCUGGUGUGGCCGCUGGACACGUGUCCCCUGCGUGCCACGGACACGCUGGGGCUGCACCUGCGGCGUGGGGACUGCCUGCUGCCCCGGGAGGACCUGGGUGCCACCACGGUGUCGCUGAGCGAGCUGGUGGCCAGCCCCAGGCUGCCGAUGGCCGUCAGGGACAUCCCGCUGCUGGACCACCGGGAGCGGCCCACGGGGUGCACCGUCACCCUCCGCUGCUACCACGACCUGCACGGCGCGGCUGGGGACGUCCCUGUCGCCACCGGGCACGGCCAGGUGGCCCUGGAGCCACCGGGGGUGGCACCUGAGGACAGGAAAGAGGAUUUCCAGGUGCGGGUGAGGGUCAUCAAGGGCCGCCAGCUGCGGGGCAAUGCCAUCAAGCCCGUGGUGAGGGUGCAGAUCGGGAGGCAGCGCUUCCACAGCCGCAGCCGGAGCGGGAACAACCCCUACUUCAACGAGGUGCUCCGUUCACCAAACAUCUGCACCAAGGCCGUCAUUGGCAUCUUUGAGGCGUGGCUCCGGCGGCACCGGCGAGGUGACGGCGGUGUCCCCGGUGUCCCCGGCGGGACAGGCCGCAGCCUGAGCGGGAAGUGGCUGAGCCUGCAGCACCCGCGGCACCGCGACGGCCGCUCGCAGGGCUUCCUGCAGGUCAGCCUGGUGGUGCGCCGCGCCGGGGAGCGCGCCCAGGAGCGGGAGGUGCCGCCGGGGGACGAGGAUGUGGAGGCCAACCUGCUGCGGCCGCCGCCGUGCGCCACCACGCUGCAGAUCCGCGUGUUCCGCGCCGAGGACCUGCCGCGGGGUGGGGACGCCGGGGUGUGGCGUGGGGACAUCGGGGUGCGGGAGCCGGCACGGGCGUGCCUGGGCGGCACCGCGGGCUCGCUGAAGGUGUCGGUGCGGGUCGGCUUUGCGGGCAGGACGCUCUGCACCCGCGGGGUCCCCGCCGAUGCCAGCCCCGAGUGGAACGAGGUUCUGUCCUUCCCCCUGCGGCUGCCGCCCAUCUGCGACGAGAUCCUGCUGGAAAUCCUGCGUGGGUCGUGCCGGAGCAAAGCCCUGGGCAGGGCCACCCUGCGGCUGUCCCAAAUCUCCCGGGAGCCCAAGGAGCUCGAGGAGGGGACCCCCGGGUUCUCCCCCUCCUUCGGGCCCAGCUUCCUGCCCUUCUACGGCCCCCGGCCGGACGCUGCCAGGGACUCGGGGCCGGUUUUCCGGGGCCGGCUGCUGCUGGAGCUCUGCACCCACACGGGGAGCCCGCCGGGGCGGCAGCGCGACGCCGUGGCCCCGGUGGACGCCGAGCGGGCGCAGAGCCGCCUGCCCCGCUGCCAGCUGGGGCUCUGCGGGGUUUUCUACUCGGCCACGGCCGUGCCCGGCGGCGCCGAGGCGCUGAGCCUGGAGCUGGGCAUGGGGGGCACCGCGGCCGCCACCGCGCCCGCCCUGCCCGCCUUCGACGGGAACCUCUACCACUACCUGCCGUGGUUUGGGGACAAACCUGUGGCCGCUGUCACCUCGCAGUGGGAGGACGCCGGGCACCGCUGGGACAGCCUGAACCUCCUGCGAGCGCUGUGCCAGCACCUGGAGGAGAACCUGGCCAAGCUGCAGGGACACCACGGGGACGCCAGCGGGGACAUCGGGGUGAAGCUGCUGCAGGAGCUGGAGCAGGACUGCGAGGCCGCCCUGCAGUACCUGGAGGAGCAGCCCGUCCUGACCGCCCUGGACCAGCAGCUGCGGAGCUGCCGGCGGCGCCUCCUGCAGCGGCUGCAGCGCGAGGCCAGGGCCGACGGCCGCCGCGGGGACGCCCUGGGGACGGUGGCCCGGGGGUGGCUGCGGCGCGCGGCCGCGCUGGCCGUGGAGCCCCAGGCCGGUGUCCCCGACGUGCAGCUGUGGCUGCUGCGGGGCCAGGCGCGGGUGGCCUCGGCCCGUGUCCCCGCCACCGAUGUCCUGCACUCCCCGCACGGCCCCGGCGCCUGCGGCCAGCUCUGCGGGAGGAUCGUCACCCUGUUCCUGGGCUGCGGGGACAGCCAGGCCCAGGUGCGGGUGUGGCUGUGGCUGGGCCGAGUGGCCGAGAGCGGCGAGCUGGCCGGGCUGCUCGGGGGGAGCCUGCGCUUCUACUGCCAGAUGUUCGAGAACCAGACGCGGCUCUUGGGGACGUGGGGGCCCCGGCGCUUUUGGGGGCGCCCCGCGUUCUCCGACAGCUCCGGCCGGGCCCUGCCCCCCCCGGAGGAGCUGCGGCCCCCCAAGGGAUGGAGCUGGGACGGGCCCUGGAGCGUGGAGCGGCCGCGGCGGCGGGUGCCAGCACGGGCAGAGGGCGCAGGGACCGUGGUCCUGGAGGAGCUCUACGAGAACCAGAGCCGAGAGCCCGGUGGGGACUGGACCAGCACGGCCAGCACGGACGCCGUGAGUGGGGGACAGCGUGGGGACAGUGUGGGUGGCACCAGAGUGUCACUGCUCAGCGCCCGCCUGGUUUUGCAGAAGGGAGUGGCAGUGCCACCAAAGGAGGAGGUGGCGUGUCCCCAGGGCUGGCACGUCACCAGUGACUGGCAGGUGGACACGGAGGGGGCUGAGGAUGAGGAUGGUUGGCACUACGGGGUGGGCACGGAGGACGGCAGCCCCCCAGCAGCGUGGCACAGCGAGGGACAGCAGUGCCACACCCUGCGGCGCCGGCGCUGGCUCCGGGUCUGCCACAGGGACAGCGACGGCUGGGCACAGGACACGGACACCUGCAGCAGCCUGGUGACACUCGCGGGGACAGGGACGGGGGUGACGGGGAUGGAGGACCCCGAGGAGCUGUGGGAGGAUGAGGCCUGGCAGCCCGAGUGCUUCUGGGGCUGCACCUUCCAGCCCAAGGUCCCGGCCGGGCCCCGGUGCCGCCGGCGGCGCUGGCAGCGCUGCCUGGUGCCCGCCGAGCCCGGGGCCGCCGUGGCACCGCUCUUCCUGCUCCGGGGAGCCCCGGACACCGAGGAGCCGGCUCAGGACAGUGCAGAGGUGGCCCUGCAGCAGCCACCGCCCUUCAUCCUCUGCAGCUUCCAACGCCCCGGCCGCUUCCAGCUCCGCUGUUACAUCUUCCAGGCGCUGGAUCUGGCGCCCGGCAGCUCCAGGACCUCCAUAGAUGCCACCGCGCACGUGUCGUUCGUGUCCCUGAGCCAGCGCACGGGGACGGCGCGCGGGGCGCUGGACCCGCGCUGGGAGCAGACGCUGCUGUUCCCCCGGGUGCCGCUGUUCGGGGACCCCCGAGGCGUCGGGAGGGACCCCCCGGCCGUGGUGGUGGAGGUGUGGGACCAGCGGGGACAGGGCCCCGCGGUGCUCCUGGGCCGCUGCGUGUGCUCCCCGCGGGUCUGGCUGGACGCGGCGCUCCGGGAGCCGCCCCGGCUCCAGCCCCACGCGCUGCGGGGCCCGCGGGGCGCGGCCGGGGAGCUGCUGGCGGCCUUCGAGCUCCUGCAGGAGCCCCAGGACGGGUCCCCGGCUCCGCUCGGCCCCCCGCCCCUGAGCAAGGACGGGUUCGGCAUCCCCCCGGAGCUGCGGCCGCGCCUGCACUGGGUGGCGCUGGAGGUGGGAGCCACCUGCGGGAGGGGACAGCGCGGGGACAGCCGGGGGGACAGCCGGGGGGACGAGGGGGCAACAGGGAAUGGGGUGCUGGCCUGGGGGCUGCGGGGGCUGCGCGGGGCCGUGCGGGAGCCGCGCCUGGAGCUGCAGUGGGGGGAGCAGAGCCUGUGGACGCCCCCGAUCCAGGACGUGGCCACCAACCCCAACUUCCCCAGCAACGCCUUCCUGCUCACCCUGGUGAGGGCGGGGGCGGGCCCGGGGGUGGCUGCGGUGGCCGGGCCGUCCCUGAUCCGUCCCCGGCCGUGCCCGCAGGCGCUGCCCGAGCACGAGCGCUUCGUGCCGCCCAUCCGCCUGCGGCUCUGGCACCGCGCGGGCGCCGAGCGGCGGCUGCUGCUGGGCCAGGCCAGCGUCAGGGAGCUGGGCCGGUACCGGUGCCCCCCGCCCUGCCAGGAGCCCGGCAACGGCUCUGACACGGUCGUGUCAAUGCCAGACGAGCUCCUCUCCGUGCCCGCCUCCUCCAGCCCCUGCAGGCGUUGGUGUUCCCGGUUCCUGGCCAUGUCCCCGGCCAGGAUGGCUCAGGACCUGCUGGGCUACCUGAGGAGCAGGCGGGCUGAGGAUGAGGACGAGGAAGAUGAAGACGAGGAGGAUGAGGACGAUGAGGAGGAGGAGGAGAGGGACUGGUGGAGCAAAUUCUACGCGUCCAUGGAGGACAAGGAGCCCAAAUCUCCAUGGGGAACCAACGGGGACAGGCUGAAGAUCUACGGCUGCGAGCUGGAGGCCGUGCCCGAGUUCCAGGCGCUGCAGGAUUUCUGCCAGAGCUUCCCCCUGUGCAAACCCGGCCGCGCCCCCGAGCCCGUGGGCACCUUCAAGGGGCUGUUCCGCAUCUACCCCGUGCCCGAGGGCGCCGCGGCCCCGCCCGGCCCGCGCUGCUUCCAGCGGCUGCCGCCCGCGCGGCCCCAGCCCUGCCUGCUGCGCGUCUACGUGGUGCGAGCCUUCGACCUGUCCCCCCGCGAUGUCACCGGCCUGAGCGAUCCCUACGUGCGGGUGGCGCUGGGCAAGAGGACGCUGGGGCAGCGCGACCACUACGUGCCCAACACCCUGGAGCCCGUCUUCGGCAGGAUGUUCGAGCUGACGGCCACCAUCCCCCUGGAGAAGGACCUGCGGGUGACAAUCAUGGACCACGACAAGGUGCCCCCGGACCGGGAGAUCGGCAGCACCACCAUCGACCUGGAGGACCGGCUGCUGUCCCAGCACCGCGCCCACUGCGGGCUGCCCGGCCUGUACCACACCGCGGGCCCCGCGUGCUGGCGGGACCAGCUGUGCCCCAGCCGGGCCCUGGAGCUGCUGGCGGCCGCCCGGGGGCUGCGUGGGCCCCUCUUCAGCCGCGGGGGCACCGCCCUGAGCCUGGGCGGGCGGCGCUUCCUGCUCAAACACUUCGAGCGGCGCCACCCCCCGCCCCGCCACGCCGGGGCCCCCCGGGAGCGCCUGGCCCUGCACGUGCUGAACCUGUGCGAGCUCGUCCCCGAGCACCUGGAGACGCGCGGGCUGCAGAGCCACACCCGGCCCGGCCUCGAGCAGGGCAAGGUGCAGAUGUGGGUGGACAUUUUCCCCACCAGCCUCGGCCCCCCCGGGCCCCCCGUGAACAUCGACCCCCGCCAGGCCGAGGGGUACGAGCUGCGCUGCGUGGUGUGGAACGUGCAGGACACGGAGCUCAGGGACAUCAACCUGCUGGGCCAGCGCAUGAGUGACAUCUACGUGUCCGGGUGGCUGGAUGGGCUCCCCGAGCAGCGGCAGCACACCGACAUCCACUAUCGCUCCCUGGACGGCCGCGGCGCCUUCAACUGGCGCUUCGUGUUCCCCUUCGAGUUCCUGGCGGCUGAGAAGCUCUGCGCCAUCCGCCGCAAGGAGCACGUGUGGAGCCUGGACGAGACCCUGCUGAAGGUGCCGCCCAAGCUCAUCCUGCAGGUGUGGGACAAUGACAAGUUCAAGGCGGACGAUCUGCUGGGGAUCCUGGAGCUGGAGCUGACCCGGCUGCCCCGCCCGGCCCGCAGCGCCCGCCUGUGCCGGGCCUCGCCGUCGGAGCUGCCCUGGUUCUCGUGGCCCUGGUUCUCCCUGCCCCGCUUCCUCCGGCCCCUGAACCUGUUCCGCAGGCGGAGGGCGCGGGGCUGGUGGCCCUGCACCAUGCACGAGGACGGCGGCCAGCGCCUCUCGGGGAAGCUGGAGCUGAGCCUGGAGCUGCUGUCGGCGCAGGAGGCCGAGGAGCGGCCGGUGGGGAAGGGCCGGGAGGAGCCCAACAAGCACCCGACCCUGCCCGAGCCCAGGCGCCCCAAGUCCUCGUUCCUGUGGCUGACCUCUCCCCUCCGCCUCAUCCGCUACGGCGUCCGCUGGCGCUACCUGCUGUGGCUCGGGCUGGGGCUGGCGGCGCUGCUGCUGCUCCUGCUGCUCCAUUCCUUCUUCCCGAGCACCCUCAGGGUGAAGGUGGCUGAGGCGCUCCCGCUCCUGCCGGCCACGAAGCAUCCCCGGACUGAAGGCUGA